GCUACUGCAAAAUGGCUUUUUUACUGCCAAACAUGUAAUACCUUCUCCACAUUCACGAGUCUUAUUGAAAAAUGAGUUGUCACAGCGGCACAUGCUGCUUUUGCCUCUUUAUCACCAGGACAGUAUUGUUAAAAGAGAGUGAUCUAAAGCCUCACAGUGAACAGCAGGUGAACUGCAGGCAUUUAAACUCUCCAGAAAUCAUACCUGAGAAUAUUCUAUAUGAACUGUAUGCCAUGCACUUUUUCCCCAGACAUCACUCUGCCUGCAAGUAAAGGCAUGAUACAUGUUGUAUAUCGAAACCUAGAAUAAACUUUUUAUUGUUCCAUAUUUCAUGGGCUUUAUCUCUUUCUACACCUUCCUGAACUGAGCCACCACUUUUCUAUAAACCAGUGUAGUUUAAUACCAAGCUGAAAAAGGUCAAAGGAAAUAUAAUCUAGCAAUAAGUUGCAGUAUUUUUGUCUAAUUAUUGAUGUAGGAUGGUAUCUCCUAGCAUGUGCUAUCACAUCGAGAACAGAAUACCUUGUCAUAAAGCUGAACAGAAUUUUCUUUUCAUUCUUUAUUUCUUCCAUUCUCCCUCUUUCCUAGCUUCAUUUAGCUUUUUUUUUUCAGUUCACUUCAUCCCAACCCUCAACCUCCCUACAGACAAAGACUCCACUGGCCUUACCUUUUCAAGGCAAAGGUAACAUAGAGUACAGCUGUCCGGCCACCAACGAGUGUGAAAUCACAAAGCGAAGACGCAAGUCCUGUCAAGCCUGCCGCUUCAUGAAGUGUCUGAAAGUCGGCAUGCUAAAGGAAGGCGUUCGUCUGGAUCGUGUCCGAGGAGGCAGACAAAAGUAUAAGAGGAGGAUUGACACAGAGAACAGCGCCUACCUGGGCCUCACCCUACCACCUCCUGCCAAGAAACCAUUGACAAAGAUAGUGUCCCACCUCCUGGUAGCAGAGCCAGAGAAGAUCUAUGCCAUGCCAGAUCCCACCAUGCCUGAGAGUGACAUCAAGGCACUGACCACACUCUGUGAUCUCGCUGAUCGUGAGCUGGUCGUCAUCAUCGGCUGGGCCAAGCAUAUCCCAGGGUUUUCCAGCUUGUCUCUGGGAGAUCAGAUGAGUCUACUGCAGAGCGCCUGGAUGGAGAUUCUGACCCUGAGCAUCGUCUUCCGCUCGCUGCCCUACGAGGACGAGCUGGUUUACGCUGAGGACUACGUGAUGGACGAAGAGCACUCUCGGCUCACGGGCCUGCUGGACCUCUUUGUCUCCAUCCUGCAGCUCGUCCGCAAGUACAAGAAGCUGAAGGUGGAGAAGGAGGAGUUUGUCACACUCAAGGCCAUCGCUCUCGCCAACUCAGACUCCAUGCACAUAGAGGAUGUGGAAGCAGUUCAGAAGCUGCAGGACGCUCUCCAUGAAGCGCUGCAGGACUAUGAGAACAGCCAGCACACAGAGGACCCACGACGGGCAGGCAAGCUGCUCAUGACCCUGCCCCUGCUGCGGCAGACCGCCACCAAGGCCGUGCAACACUUCUACAGCAUCAAGGUGCAGGGCAAAGUGCCCAUGCACAAACUCUUCCUGGAAAUGCUGGAGGCCAAGGUGUGAACAGGCCGGGCUAUGACGGCCAGGACUUUAAGAGACACACUAACUGAGGAGAAACAAGAGGAGAGACACACUGUUGAUUGACAAGCAGGUUACAGACUCACCUCUCUCCCUCUUUGUCUUUUCAAAUCUCUGUCUCCCUCUAUCUCUCUCACGGACAUGAGAUGUUUUUAAAGAACAACCUUAAAAAAAUAAGCAAAAUGAAAAACUCAGUAUAAAUAUAAAUGAUGAAGAGUUUAAAAAUAUAUAACAAAUCCUAUGUACUUGUACAGUAAUGAUUUUUUGUUGUUUAUGGUCUGUGAUUAUGUACGAAGAAAGAAAUCUCUCUAAGUCGGAGUGUUCUCAAUAAGGUGGACUCAAUAAGGCUUUUUUAUUUUCAGUUUUUGAAAAUCUAACUCUAUACAUGUCAUGAUUCAAUCGGAAGCAGUAUGUAACGUGGAGCAUCACAUGCCAAACACGUGUGAUCGUUCAGGCCGGAGAACUCAUCCAGGACUUGUAAAUAUUCAUCACAGAGCGAUAAAAUAAUGACUGGCAAAUGUCGGGGAAAAUGGCAGCCAUGUUGUCUUGCUCUGCUCAAAAGGAUGAGAAGACAAGGAUGUAAAUCAUAAAAUGUUAGCUUUUUUCACUUUAAAUGUUCUUGAAUAUACCUCUUCAGAACAGUGAACCUGCAGCAAGGAUUUAAUCAUACCAUGUACAGUACAGGAAGUGACAUAACUGGUAAACAUGUUUAAACAAACUAGUUAAGCCAGGUAGUCAGUCGUCUUACUGUGUAGUAACUCAGCAAUAAAGGGAGCUGAUGGUACAGAUUUAAUCGAACUGCUUCGCGAUGCUGCUGCCAUUAGAAUACAUUUCAUGUUACAUUUCAUACAUUAUGUGUACAUUAAGUGAGUGCAUUUCAGCAAUAAAUUGCACCACUUGCCUGUUGCACUGUGCUCAUUUGCUGAUGGUUGUUAACAUUGCUGAUGUUUCCUUCAGUCCAAAUUUGGUCAGCGGUGUAAGCUGGUGCUAAAUGUUAGCUGGCAGGCUGACAAACAGACCUGAUUUGGGCAGAGUGAAAGAUGAGUGAGGGAUUGGUAAGGGGGAAGGCUGUGGAGAGGGGAAUGAGGUUCAGAGGAGGUAUUAAAUGAUUUAUGCCAGGUGGCAUAAGUCCAGGAGAUUCCAUGUUCAAACAAUCAGAGGCCCAUACGUCAAAGGAACUAUUCUGGGUGUGUUAAGCCGUGGGUAAAGCCAUCCCGCACAGAGGAAGAAAGGUGCCCAGCAUCUGCUCAGCCCAUUUUAGACGUGACCAGGACUUUUUAUAGCCGCGGCACUUUUAUAGCAGUGUAUCCAAAUGAAGGUGAACAGCAGGUGCAGGUUUUUCACACCAGCGAUAUUUUUAGGCCUGCAAAGGUGGCAGAAGCCUGAAGAAUAGUGUGUGCACACAUUGAGGGCUCCUGACCCCAUGUUGACACAACAGCACUGAUGCAUUGAUUACUAAAAAGGGCUUUGGAGCAUAAACAGCUAAUUACCCUCCUAAACCUCCCCCUCCAAAGGUUUCCAACUAUGUAAGUGGUCAUGAUGGAUGACUAGAAACCACCGGCAUCACUCCUGUCUGAGAGCAACAUAGGAGCAACCAUGUGAAUUACGCUCGAAAGAGAGCCGCCAUGUUGUUUUGUUUGACCUUUGUGGUGCAUGAUUGGAAAUGUAGUUCAGUACUGUAGAUUUCUGUCACCCCCCCCUUUUUCCUCCAUUUGAGAGAGUCCAGACAGAAAGGGAUGGCUUAUACUACUGAUGUCAUUUUAUGUGAUGUUGUAAAUUGUGGCGCUGACACAAUUUGAUACUGUGAUCAAAGGAACUGACAUAGUGACGGGUGAUGGUGGCCAGCUCACUCACUAUAUCAAUGGCCAUGGAGAAUUGUGCUGUACACUCAUUGGCUACUUAAUGGCUGAAGACGCACCUGUUCAAUAAAACUGUUUAAACUUGAAGUGGCCACAGUCCUGUGUAUGGAAGAGGUUCAGCCAAGCAAAUAUGGACAAUGUAAUACAGGGCAUUUUUCAUUUUAUUGUGCAGAUGAUGUGGGUGAAAACAAGGACCAAUUCUGACUACAAUCAUGCUGUGAUACUAUUCCUAAAUUAUUCAGUACUGUUGCUUUGUUUUGUUUUGUUUGGUUUUGUUUGGUUUUGUUUUGUUCAGUUUUUUUUUCCAUACUGCAGUUCAUAAAUUAAAAGUACACUUGUGACUCCAGCAUGCAGUUUGACUUUUCUCUGUGAUUAAAACUCCAGUUUUGGCAAGACAGCUAUUCCAAUACACACCUUUGUGGUCUAUCUGUAUGAACUCUAACUUACUUGAAUUACAUCCUGUUAACUUUUUCACCAUUUAAAUCUCUCUGAAUCGACGUUAUCAACACAUGCAUUAUUUUGAAAGCCCACUGUAGGUUUCUUACACACUGUAACUUCAUGGUAACCUUCAGUUAUUCCUUAACAUUAGACAGUUAUUUGUAUAUUUGUAAUGCUAAUUGUAAUGUUAAAAAAAAAAACAAAAAAAACAAAAACAACCAACAAACAAACAAAAAAAAAAUGUUCCCACUCUUCUAAGCCCUUUAAGCAUGCUCUAGUCAGAAUUGGUCCAGUCGAAAAUGAAAAGGGAUUUUAUUUUCUCCUAAAAUAUAUUUAUUGUGUGUAUUAUAUCACUUUGUUCACACUGUACAAUAAUAUCUCUGAUUGUU